CUGUUCAGAGUUACACUGCGAUUUCUGCCGCGUUGUCUCAGAUAGAUUAAAGCACAGUCUGGACUUUAUCUGACCUUCUUCCACUUAUUUACUCGGAGUGAUACACAGAUAGAUAAAGAAGCCAUGGAGAACAUCUUCAUUCUCCUCGGCGUAACCCUCCUCGCCACAGGCAUUGAUGGUCAGACGCAGAGCUCCGGAAUACAGGAGCUGGCCACCAGGAGCGCAGACUUCGGCACGGCGCUGUACCGGACAAUCGCUAGCACGAAUGAUGAUAACUUUGUGAUCUCACCUUUAGCAGCCUCCCUGAGCCUCGCGUCUCUGGCAGCAGGAGCUGGAGAGAACACACGCCAAGAGCUGCUCCAAACCUUAAAACUGGCUCCUAUGGAAAUGGACACGGAGCCGGACCGGAUCCCAACAUUGCUGCAGGAGAUGAGGGAAUCUGUAGCUCAGACUGUAGCAUCGGGUUUGUUUAUCAGCCAGCAGGUGCAGGUCGAGUCCAGCUUCAGCAGCCAGGUGAAGACGUUCUACAGCACAGAUGUGAAGAGUGAGGAUUUCUCCAAGGUACAGGCCACUAAAGAAAGCAUUAAUGAGUAUGUCACCGGAAGCACCGGGAACAAGAUCAGGGAGGUGCUGGACACCGUGGAUCCUCAAAGCCAGCUCAUGCUCAUUAGUGCUGCAUAUUUUACAGGCCAGUGGAAGCUCCCGUUCAAUGCCAGCUUCACCCAGCAGGAGCGGUUCUAUGUUGACAAGUACCACGUCAUCCAGGUUCCUAUGAUGGUCCGUUCAGAUAAAUACUACCUGGCGUAUGACCCGGCUCUAAAGGUGGGCAUUCUGAAGCUGCCAUGUACUGAUGGUACCGCCAUGCUGGUCCUUCUGCCAGAUGAAGAAGUAGAUUACACAUCUGUGGACGAAGCGCUGACAGCCGAAGUGUUCCUCAGAUGGGUAGCAAAGCUGAAGAGAACGAAGUUAGAAGUGAUGCUGCCGAGGUUCUCUGUGGAGUAUUCCUUCUCUUUGAAGAAAAGCCUUACCAGUCUGGGCUUUACCAAAUUUCAGGAUACUGGUGCAGAUUUGUCAGGAAUCAGCAAAACCUCAGAGCUGAAACUUUCUGAGGCACUGCAGAAGGUCCUGGUUGAAGUGGAUGAGCAAGGAAGCUCUUCAGCUCCGUCCUCCAGCAGCCUCUUCAUGGAGACUCUUCCUCCGAGGCUCACUUUCAAUCGACCUUUCUUGUUUCUUAUCUAUCACGAGGCCACUAAAAGCCUUCUGCACAUGGGCCGCGUUAUUGACCCUACUAAGAAGUAGUCAUGUUUGAAUCAUGCAUGACCUGAAACAUAUUCAGCAUACCCUAUUCUUCUGUCAACUGAUUAGCAUUACUGGAAUAUGCAUUGCACGGAAGUUAAUGUCUGGAAUAUAAUGUAAUACAGUACUCACUCUUCUAUAUACACUUAUCUAUAAUUAUCUAGUUCACCUGUUUAAAAGACAUAAUUACCCACUAUACCACAUGCUACAGAUUCUACAGAUUCUGAUACAGUAGGUCAUGAGAUAACAGCGUCUUUCAUUUUAAUGCUCGUAACAUGUAUGUGUAAUCAUGUAUCAUAUGUAACAUUAAUGGAAGGAAUCUCAAGUUCAGCUAAAGCUGUAAUUUUAGUUUUUCUCGUUACAUUCUUCAAUAAAUCAAAGUUGUAAUCAUUA